UCUGAGCUCCCCGCGAGAACGACACGAUUCAGGUACAACACGCGCUCAGAUCUGGACAGAUCUCCACAGAAGAUGCAUGUCUGUUUGUGUGUUCGUUCAGAUCUGACCUUCCUGUCAGCAGUCAUCACAGCAGUCGUCAUCCGCCUACAUGCUGGUGUGAGGCGAUGAUGCAUCCCUUCACGCGCCAGCAGGCGACCAUGCAACUCGACACAAGGGUCCGGCUCGCCAUAGAGGGCCUGCAGGCACAGCGGGAGGAGAUCGCAGCCUUGCACGAGACUAACAAGGUGCUACUCGACGCUGCGGAUCUGUCCAACGAGAUCCUGCAGCUCAAUGUGGGCGGCUGUCAUUCAUCUGUCAAGCGCAAGCACAUGACGAGCGUCGAGGGCACUCUGCUGGCGGCUCUCUUUUCGGGGCGGUGGGAUCAGCGGCUCAUCCGGGACGGCAGCAGCAGGAUCUUCCUCGAUGUUUGCCCGCAUGCCUUUGAGGCCAUCCGUGACGCCAUUUAUGCGGGUGGGAAGGAGGCUGUCGAGCACAUGAGAGACCAGGCGGCCGAGAGAGACCACAUGGGUAUGCACCGGACACAAACACACUUACGCUCCUGCACCCAGAUGUCUGUCCACUGUUGCCUGUGCAGGUAUUCACGACUUCUACGUAAGGCUGCUCUUAUCGCCAUUGCACAAAGGCGCAGCUGAUGAGUCGUCGAAGGGCCGUGAUGGGGAGGUGUGUGGGCCCGAGGCCGAGCAUGAGCUGUUGGGGGGAUUCCUCAGCACAGUGAGAGACUUCGUGCGCGCCUUCGAGCAUGAGCAGGCCGAGAUCGACAGGCAGCUGGGAGCGGCCAAGGUCGAAAUAGAGGUGAAUCAUCCGACAACACAGGCCGAGAAAUCCACCUCUGUGACGGACGCAUUGUGUGUCGUUGUGUCCGAUGUUCGUUGCAACAGAGCGUCGGUCCGUUCGUGAAGCCCCUGCACGGCGAGGAGCCCAUAUGCUCCCUGGAUGUCAACGGCAAGUCAAUCUCGACGCUGCGGUCGACCACAGAGGAGAUGGGCAACUCGGCGCUUGGGCGGAGAAACGAUGCUUCAGUGUAAGCUGCACACACCCACGUUCCACACAGCCCCCUCCUCCCACUUGCCUUUGUCUCUUGUGGCUGGCCUGGCUGUUGCUUUCAGGUGGUCAUCGCCCGUUGAGGGUGUGUCGGAGGACCAUAUUCGGCGGCUCAUCGAUUUCUACCGCCGCAAGCGCCUGGCGGCCAACUCCACAGACCCACAGCUGCUGGGCAGCGUUGGGGUGCCCCUCCUGAUGGACACACGCACUGAGCAACGGUUCUUUGAAAAGGUGAGGCUGGUGUGCAGACGAGGAAGGGGUGCGCUGCGAUGCGGUGUGGCAUGUCAACUGUCUUUCCCUCCACGUGCAUGGUUCUGCAGACGUGUGCCAUGUAUGGCUGUGAGGUUGCCGCUGAUGUGUUUCGCACCCAACAAAGGUACGUGCACGCGCACACCUCCAGCUCCCAUGUGUAUUCCUCGCUCCUGUGUCUUUUCGACGCGCAGCUCAUUCCUGCGGUCGCCGAUGGGUGUGCGUUACAGAGUGAUCCAACAAGGCACCGGACCACGACCAAGGACACACCACCGUGUUGAGUUCAACCACACAUCAUGGAAAGAUGGCUUCGAGGGACAGCACGUUCUACAGCACCAGACCAACAUCGUCCACGCCUUCCCCGGCAUGUACGAGUGGGCCGCUGAGGCAGUCCUGUCGAUGCGCGCGGGUGAGGUGCGGCGGUUGAUAGUGCCGGAGGAGCUCUGGUCGCCGUCAAGCUCAUUUGCGAAGGGAAAGGCGUAUGCGGAGAUCCAGCUGCUGCGUGUCGUGAGCGACUGACGCUGAUCGCGGCGUGGCUUGUGCUGGGCGAAGGGAGAAGGAGACAGAGGUUGGUCUCGCCUUGUGCCCUUGGCUUCAUACGAUGGCCACCUGGUGUGCCGUGUCCGUGUCCAUGUGGGUGUCACUGUGUGUCCGUUGUGUCGAGUAUUUGUCAUGUCAGUUUAUAAUCUGCUGGUCGUUUUCAUUGAAGUGUUCUCUUUGGUGCCUGUCUAGAGGGGUGUGGACAAGUGUAAGGCGCUGUGUGUGUUUUUGAUGGACCUGGCCAAGCGGUCUGUGUAAAUGCCGUCGAUGUUUGAUGGAUGUUUGAUUUCAUAUCGAGUUCG